AUGCGAGUUCUAGCUCUUCAGAUGCUGGCGAUAUGCCAACUUGCCUGUGCAUCGCCAUGCAAGCCUUCUUCCUCUGCUUCAGUCACUUUAUCUACGACUUCCGCUGAAUCUACGUCUGCUCCCGCUGUUUCGUCCUCAACUAUCGCCGAUGAAACCGAGACAUCUACUACUUUCUUCACUGGAUCAACUGCUGUGUCCGAGACUGAGACAGCCACUACCGAGACGGAGACGGAAACUGUCUCUGGCACCACUACUGAAGUCGCCUCUGAUUCGGCUACCUUAACUAUCCUGAUCACCACUUCAAGUGCUGAACCAACUACACUCGCCACAUCCACCGCGGAACCUACAACCACCACAACAGCUGCUGCAGAACCUACCAACGUUCUCACAAACCCUGGUUUCGAUUCAGGCACCAUCACCCCCUGGUACACAAUCGGACAACGUGGCACGCUCUCCCUCUCCGACGAGGGAACCCACGCAGGCGAAUUCUCUGGCCACUUCUAUGCGGAUUACAACGGCCCUGUCGUCCUAGGCGUCGAUCAUCCCGUUGACCAAUCAUUGAUCAAAGUUGACACUGAGUACCAUUAUUCUAUCUGGAUUAAGACGACCGCGGCUGUUGAUUGCCAGACGCGAAAGAUUACCUGUGGAGCUGGAGGCGGGUACAUCUUGGGCACCGAUUGGGCUGGGCCGUAUAAUGAAUGGACGCAGUUUACUAUGAGCUGUAUUUGGAAUCAGAACUUCUUAGAUCUGGUACCGAGUAUUCAGAUUCGGGCGGAGUGCCAGAGUUUGGAGUUUUAUGUUGAUGAUGCUAUUCUUAUUGAGGCGAACUAG